AUGAAAAUCUUGGUGCUUUGCUUAAUAGCCUUAGCUAUUGCAGAUAAGUUCGAUCAAUUCAGAGCAUUUGAUUAAGAUGAAUUUGGCAGAACAUUGAUAGAUACUCUCUAAAUGCAAAUGAGUACAGGUGAACCUAUUGCUCGUUUCAUUGAAAUUAUGAGAAACCUAGAAACCUCAAUUGAGAACGAACAAAAGGAAGAUGAUAAAGCCAACAAUGAAUAUUAGAAUCAAUGCACUGAAGACAUUAAAGUAUUACAAUAAGAGAGUGCAAACUUGGAAAGAAGAACAGUCGAAAUCCAAUCAAUUUUGGAUGAAUUAGAGCCAUUAAGAUCAUACAAAUAAGGUUAAGCUGAUGCCAAGAAUGCAUGGAAGGUUGAAACGGAGAAGAAAUUAGCUGAUUUAGUAAAGAAGAGAGAAACAGAGAAGGCUGAGUUUGAUAAAAAGGUAGAAGAACACGAUUAUGCAACAUUCGUUAUUGAAACAGUUAGAAGAAUGUUUUCAGAUAAAAAUUAGAGUUUCUUAUAAAUGAACAACGAAGCAUAAUGGUAAAAAGUUAGAGAUUACUUCAUUAAUGCUUCUGAAUAAGCAAAGAAAUUUGAAAUCAAAAAGAGUUAUUCCAAGAUGUUCAAUGUUUUUGCUGAAAUUGCCAAUGCUGCUUAAGCUGAAGACUUUUAGAAUUCCCCAACUGUUAAUAGAAUUGUUAAUUUAUGUGAUUUGAUGCUUAAACAAAUUGAAGACAGCAAGGCUUUGGAAACUAAGGCAGAAUAAAAGAGAUUGAAUAUGUUUGUAUUGGAGAAAGGAAACUUUGAUAAAGAUUUGACAAGUUUGAACAAUGCUCUUGCCUAAUUGACUGCUGCCAUCUUAGGUUUGGAUAACAGAAUCUAAGAUCAAAAAAGAGACUUAAGUGACUACAAUGCUAGAUUGGAUGCCAAAAACAAAUAGAGUGAAGAUAGAGGAGGUGAAUGCAGAGAAAAGGCUUACAAUUACUAAUUAACCAGAGAGAAGAGAGAAUAGAAAAGACAAUUGGUAUCUCAAAUCAUUGGUGCCUUCUCAGCUAACUAAAGAGAUUUCGCAGAGUACGUUAAACUUAGAGGAUAGGCUGGAGAUUUCAGAGGAAAGAACUUUUAGGUCUUGGGCAACCCCACGGAAGAUUGAAUAUGAAUAAUAUCAUAUUAAAUUAUUAGUAACUAUGUUCUA